AUGUGGCUCGACCGACUGGCUGCCGGAGGGCAGGCCAGCGCCCCCGGUCCCUCCACACCUCAACCAUCGAGCAGGCCAUAUUCGCCGCUUCCACGGAGGACCUCGAGCGCCCUCAGCCCCUAUGUCACAUCCCAGCGCGCGGGCCAAUCGCCUCGAAGCUCCUCUCUCUCCCUGGUGUCGAACGACUCUACCUCGUCCUUGCUCUUGUCACGCAAACCCAAUGGCUCCGGCCUGAAGCAAUCAUCAACUAUUGGUCCCGCAUCCGAUUCUAGAGAAGUGUUGGAGGCACUGUUGGCGAGCAGUGCAAGCCCAGAACCUCCCUUGGAAAACCAGAAGAUUUCAAUUAACGAGGAUGAUAUUGAUUUCGAUGCUGAAUUUGGUGGACUGUCCCUGAAGGAGCUGGCCGCAUCGCAACCCCCUGAAACGACAGUGUCCAGCAACCGGAGGCCGCAAACAGUGGUAGAGAGCGAAUCUGAACGAACCAAACUCGAAGAUCUCCAUCGAUCAAUAGCGGCAUGUGACGAUGUUCUGAACUCAGUGGAGAACAACUUGACGAGCUUCCGCAACGACCUCGCUACCGUAUCAUCCGACAUCGAAUCCCUCCAAGCACGAUCGACAGCUUUAAGCAGGAGACUAGAGAACCGCAAGGAGGUCGAGAAGGCCCUAGGGCCGCUGGUUGAAGAACUUAGCCUGCCACCCGAGGUUAUAUCCAAAAUCUCCGAAGGCCACAUAGACGACACAUGGGCCAAGAUGCUCGCCGAGCUGGACCGGAGAGCAAGUUCGUUCAAGAAGAAAACCGAGUCACAGCAGAGCAACGCCUCCAAGGAUCUCGGACCUCUCCUCGAGAGGCUAACCCUGAAAGCCAUCGAGCGCAUUCGCGACUUUCUUGUGGCCCAAAUCAAGGCCCUUCGCUCCCCUCACAUCAACGCCCAAAUCAUCCAGCAACAAAGUUUUCUCAGAUACAAGGAUCUUUUCUUGUUCCUCCACAAGCACCAUGCACAGCUCGCGAACGAGAUCGCUUUGGCUUACAUGAACACGAUGCGGUGGUACUAUCUCAACCAGUUUACCCGCUAUGAGAAAGCCCUUGGUAAGAUUAAGCUCCACAUCCUGGAUAAGAACGACGCUCUCGGCCACGAAGAUACGAAUCGUAAGUCGGCCGUUCUCUCGAGCUCGCGGAUGCCAGGGCCACCCCACGACGCCUUCAAUCUGGGUCGCAGGAUCGACCUGCUCAGGACCAAGAACCAGGCCGCCAUGUCGUCGUAUCUUGCAGAGGAGGACCAGACUACACACUAUCUCGAGGUGGUAUUUCGCAACUUCAACCUGGCGUUGGUGGAUAACGCCACGGCGGAGUACACGUUCAUGGCCACAUUCUUCUCCCCUGCCCUCUCGUUCGGUCAGAUCUCUAAGAACUUCAACUAUGUGUUCGAGCCUACAUUCGAGCUCGGCCGGACACUGUCCAAGGCACUUGUCGCUGACACCUACGACGCACUCGGCUUGCUGAUGUGCAUCCGCCUCAACCAGCAUUUCGCUUUCGAGAUGCAGCGCCGCAAGGUCCCUGCGGGCGAUGGCUACAUCAACGCAACCACCAUGCUCCUUUGGCCCCGGCUCCAGGUCAUCAUGGACCGUCACUGCGAAUCCAUCCGUGCCUUGACUAAUGCCGUGCCCACCAAGCCUGCUCGCGCUUCCGAACAGGCCAAGAUGUCCGCAGCCCCUCACGUUGCCACACAGCGCUUCGGCCAGCUCCUCCAGGGUUUCCUCGUCCUCAGUGCCGACGCCGGCGAUGAUGAACCUGUUGUUGCUAGCCUGCGGCGCCUGCGCACCGAGGUCGAGACCUUCUUGACCCGCCAGGCCCAGGCAUAUGGCUCUGAUAAGCGCAAGAGCGGCCGUUUCCUGUAUAACAAUUACUCCCUCAUCCUCACCAUCAUUAGUGACGCGAGCGGAAAGCUGGCGGAAGAGCAGCAGGAGCAUUUUGAAGAAUUGAAAGCGCAGUUCCAAGAGUCAUCAUAG